AUGGCAACGCGUGCGGGCGGCGCCGGGCGCGCCCCGCCGGCAGGGGGCGCACGCGGAGCGGCCGGCGGGGCGGCGGCAGCGCCCGGCCCGGAUCGUGCGGAGCGGACGGGACCGGAGCGCGCGUCCCGCACCGUGCGGAGCGGAGCGGCCGGGGCGGGCGGCGGCCGCGGGAGGCUCGUCCCGACUACACCUCCCGGCGGCAGCGGCGCGGCCGGAAGCGCGGCGAGCGGGCGGGCGGGGGUCCCUCGGCCGAGGCGCGGCUGCGGGAGCGGGCGGGGAGCGGCGGGCGGGGCCGGGCGGGCGGGGCGGGCCCGCGGGAUGCCGGCGGCGCGGGGCGCCCGGGGCGGCGGCGGCAGCGCUCCGUAG